CGGAACGUUUCUCACGCCGUUCAAAUACACAAGAGCUUCAAACUCUCGAAAAACUCCAAUCGGGCCAGUACUAAGCGAUGCCCUCCACCCAGGCCCGAGAGUUACCGUGCGGGGCGUGGCCGGCCUCACCCGGAGUCCUUCACAUCCCGCUGGGGGCGGGUUAUUCUGUUCGGUUCGCACACCGUGUGUCCGCUCCAGCUGAAGAGCCUGCGCGCGCGCACCGGACGUCCACGUCACCGCGCACGCGCUCCUACCCGCUCGGAGCCCGCCGCGCAGGCGCAAAAGGAGACGCGAGCAGCACCUCCCUGACCCCUCCCCCAACACCAGGAGUCCAAACGGCCCCAGAGCAGCAGCAAGACCCUUGGGACCCGCCCCCAGAGUGGAAGCCGCUGCUUUUCCGGGUCCCUGCAACCCAGAAAAGCCUACUGAAGCUUCUAGAAUCAAGAAAGGGCUCCUCGCCGGCCCCGCCCCGGCCACGCCCAGCCACACCCACACAGGGCUCCGCAGACCCCCAGCCUCCACAAGCCCGUCAAAUAAAUCCGAGGUCUUCCUCCACGGAGUACCGGAGCUUGGACAGCUCCAAAGCAUUGGGAAACCUUGAAGCAAAGACCUUGAGAGACGGAUGGUCGAGUUUACAACACCCACAACCGAAGACGACUAGGAAAAUUGGGAGGAGACCGAAAGACUCAGUGCGCAGUUGGAAAGCGAAGAGUUACCACUAAAUUGCCUGAUAUAAAGAUGAAAGAUAUCUUGAUAAAACAGGGAAACGAUGCAGGAGUGUGUUAUGUAAGCUUUAGUGCCUUGAUCCUGUGCAUUCAAUCUUUGUUUCUUCAAGACAUUUAAGCUAUGAGGUGCAAAGAAAGUAUUACUGAAUAUCUAUUAUGUGUCAGGCAGUUGCUGAAGUAAAUCAAUGGACAGUACUUCUCCUAACCUUCAAAAAUUAGUUAUCUUUCUCCUUCUCUACUCCUUACCAGCUGUUCUUUCUUCUGUACUCCUGACACCAGUAAAAAGGAAGCGUAGUUUUUUAAGAGGCAAAAAAGAAGUAGGGAGUGGGAGAGCAGAUUUUGUGGUCAAUAAUCCCAAACUGCUUUCUUUCAUAAGAAUUAGCAAGCACUGAGAACCUACUACGUGACAUGCUAGGUGACAAUACAAAACACUAUGAAGGAGAAUGAGGAGACUAAGAGGAAGGAGUCAACAGAAGGAGGCUUAUCCAGCACUACUGAUCUGACCUACUUUUUACUUAGGAAGGUCAUAUUUCUCUACACUUUGCUCUUCCUGAGGAGAUAUACAACAACAUGGACAGAAACUGCUGGAAUAGUCUGAACUAGAAAACGUGUAGGCUACUUUAGAGACUUCUGAAGGCAUUCUGAAACCCCAAGUCAGGCACAGUCAGCAAGAGCAUUCAAGAUCCUAGGCAAAAUUGAAAAGUAACAGUUUAACACCUUCCUCCUCUUCCCUGACCCCAAGAACCUCUUUCCUACAAGCUGCCCUGUCAGAAUCUCCCACCUUACCAAGAAUGCCUUCCUCUCAAGGAUCUGAGGUUUCCUCAUAAAAAUUUUCCAUUUUCUGGGGAAGUAAAUUUAUGUUGAUUUAGCAUUAAAACAUAUGAUCAUAAGGUGUGAAUGACUGGGUAACAACCAUGCAUCCCCAAAGAGACAAGUUAACCCAAAUGAUCUCUCUAACUGGGGGAUCUGUGAGGACAACUUGGGAAGAAGGGGAAUGGAGAUUCUCUUUUGGUGCUCUUUCCCUACACCAGGCAAACAUAUAACUAAAUACUAGAUACUUAAAAAAAAAAAAAAAAAAUGCUGAACUUUGAAGAUUCAGUACUACAUAUCUCGGGAGAGGAAAACUAUCCAUGGUUUUUCAAAGUGGAGUCCGCCUAACUUAGAAAGGUCGGGAGAUGUCAAGCAUCUGAGGGUCCUAUAAGAACUUUAAGUGUUUUUAGAUGAUAUUCUAAAAAUAAUCAUACCACCACACACAUUUCAGGGAUCCAGUUUGGAUUUACCAUCAUGCAGGUACCAAGUAACCACUUGUUUUUCUUUUUUCUUUUUUGUUUGCUUUGAGUAACCACUUAAAUGGUUACAUUCAACUUUUAAUGCAGUAUUCUCAUACUAAAGUUCUUGGUUGUAUACUUUGGAUAAUGUAAGAAAUUUCCUCCUUUAAAAGGCAUCCAUAUAUAACCCAAGGUUUAAGAAUGCCAAGCUAACUGCUAAAGUGAUGCUCCUAAGUUCCACCUUUUUUCAGUUAUCAUAGCUCAACUUAUUGGUCCAGCCUAACACAAAAGUGUUUGCCUUGAUUUUCCUAGGCUGCACGUUCAAGUAGAUUUUUCUGAAUAUUAAGGGGAAACAAACAAAAAACUAGAGAGAAUGCAUGCAAUUAAACAAUCUGGCCUAGAAUGUACACAGUUUUGAUCCUAGAUUGUUCUAUAAACACAUAGGCACUAUCUCAUUUACAUGCACACUUUUCCUAUUCAGCAAAUAUGUGAGUGCCUACUAUAUGCUGAGGAUAGGGGAAAGGCUGGCACCUCAUGCACUUUUCAGAUGUCUACAGCAGAACCCCAAAGAUUGGCACAACUUAAGUAACAGAAUCCACCAAGACAAACUUCCUCAUCCAAUCUAUUCAGAUCCAAUCCUUUCACUUCUGAUUUCUAAAACAUCCUCUGUCAACUGACAAAAAGACCUCACUCUUCAGAUGAAACCACUGCCAUGAACAAACUCCUGGACUAUGGCCUUGUUUAAAAUAUCAAUAUAAUAAAGAACAUUCAUAAAAUAAGGGCUACAUACAAA